GUGAAAAGUGUUUUGGUAUUUCAAGAAAACUAUUCGAACGAAACUAUACGCCUUUAACUCUUAUUAAUUAGAUUUAUAUGAAAAAGGUUCCGUCAUUUUCGAGACUGUUUCGAUUGCUGAAGAUUUUGGUUAAUUUAUAAGAUGACUUGUUAAAUUAUGUCUUCGCAAAUGGAAACACCCAACUUUCUUGGCCUAUAGUCGUGGGACAGCAUGUUACUUACGGAUAAAACAACAAUGAUCACUAAUUGUCAACAGAUACAGUAUUGGUAUUAAUAGUGAAUUCGCAACUUUUGGUACAGAAAUUUUGUUUGCACGUGAAAAUAUAUAUUUGUGGCAAAAAAUUUAUCAUUUGGAAUCGAGAGUAGUGCGCGUCACAUAAUAAUGUUCUUAAAAAUGCAACAUUUUACUCAUAAAAAUUCAGUUUUUAUCAAUGUGCAAUAAUCGGUUUUAAAAGUGAUGGUCUCUUUUUUAAUAGUAAUCGGCCCUACAUGAAAAAUAUUUGUGUCCCUUGCUACGUACAUUUUUACAUACCCAUGUACAUUUAAUGGAAGUAUUUUUCAAUUGGAUUUCCCUUAAUACAAGAAAUUAAAAGGUCAAUUAAAAUGCAUAGAAGAAAGCGAUUCAGAACAAUAAUGAAUAAUGAUGAUGGAAAGAGAUGUUAUUUAACUUCAACAUAAAGACAAUUCAACGAAUAGCCACUUUCUUAUAAUGUUCUGCCGUCCAUAUUGGCAAUGGCGAAAUAAGGAAACGAAAAUUAUGGCUAGAGCAAAAUGGAAGCGAAAAUAACAGUGAGAUAAUUAAAAAACAAAUUAAAUGAAAAAUAUACACACAUACAUUGAGGUGUUAAUGAUAUAUAUUCAUAUUACAUUUUAAAAUACUGACAAUAAAUGUGAUAUUACUGGUGUAUUAAAACGGAUAUAAAUGCAGAGUUCAUUGAAAUAUUACAUAAACAUCGAAGACAAAUGAGAAAAAUUACUUUCGUCACUUAGUAAGGUUAAAUUUCGGUAAAUUAUACGAACAUCUAUUGCCAAGAUUGCCGAAAUUGCUUGAAAGAAACAAAACUUACGAACAUCAAUGAACUUACUGUGCUGUUGCUGCGGUAAUAUGGCGCCGAACACGAGGAUAACUCGUAAAUGGGAGUUAUUUGCUGGGCGCAACAAAUUUUACUGCGAUGGAUUAUUGAUGUCCGCACCACACACGGGGGUUUUUUAUUUAACUUGCAUACUGAUAACGGGAACCAGUGCACUGUUUUUCGCAUUUGAUUGUCCGUUUCUGGCUACACGUAUAAAUCCUAUCAUUCCUAUUGUUGGUGCAGUGCUUUACUUCUUUACAAUGAGUUCCUUGCUACGAACAACCUUUACAGAUCCUGGUGUUAUACCCCGUGCUUCUCACGACGAGGCUGCCUAUAUAGAAAAGCAGAUUGAAGUGCCAAAUUCUCUCAAUAGUCCCACAUAUCGGCCACCGCCACGCACAAAAGAGGUUCUUGUUAAAGGACAAACAGUGAAAUUGAAGUAUUGCUUUACAUGUAAAAUAUUUCGACCCCCACGUGCAUCGCAUUGCAGUUUAUGCGAUAAUUGUGUUGAUCGGUUCGAUCACCACUGUCCCUGGGUUGGUAAUUGCGUGGGAAAACGAAAUUAUCGUUUCUUUUAUUUAUUUCUAGUCUCGUUAGCAUUUUUAGCGGUAUUUAUAUUUUCAUGUUCUGUGACUCAUUUAGUUUUAUUGAUGAAAGCAGAACAGGAAAUAUUUGAGGUGAUAAAAAAGGCGCCAUUUACUGUGAUUGUUGUGUUCAUUUGCUUCUUUUCGAUUUGGUCAGUUAUUGGUUUGGCAGGAUUUCAUACCUAUCUGACAACCAGUGAUCAAACUACGAAUGAAGAUUUGAAAGGAUCGUUUUCUUCAAAAGGGGGUCAGCGUUCAAUAAAUCCAUAUUCGCGAGGAAACAUCUGUCUAAAUUGUUGUCAUAUACUUUGCGGACCAAUGACACCAUCAUUAAUAGACCGUCGGGGCAUUGCAACGGAUGAUUAUAUUCUGCAAAUGCAACAACAUUCCAGUCCACGCCAUCCGUUAAGCGACGUGAUGAGUGCUUCUCACGUAGGUUCAAGUGGAAUGGUUACGGCCCAACCAGUAAUUGCAGGAGUAAGUGCGGGCAUUAACGUUGGGGGCAAUGAUAUUAAAAACCGCCUUUAUGAAGAGUCUAAUGCCUCUUCGGCAACAUUAGGUGCUAGUAAUGGAAUAUAUCGACCACGGAGUUAUGAUAAUCUACAAAACGCUCCUGAAUUGAUUGAACCAUUACUUGAUGACGGAAACUCCAAUAGCCUUGCGCAUUUGGUAGACAACGAAAUUCCCCUUUCCCAGAUGGACGUACCGCAAACACAAACCGCACAAAUGCAACGGCAAUUCCGUCACCAUAAAGAUCGUGUACAAACGAGUUCCUCAGAUAGCAAUAAUAUUAUAAAUACAUUUGACAGUAACGACUGCAAUCCUGACGAUGUAAUCGAAAUCGUCGGUAAAUCGGAAGUUGUAGUUGCUGUGGCAGCAAUCGCUGCAACAAGUCAAGCUCGUGAACGCCAGAAUCGUUCGGACAGCUAUAAUAACUUAUUUUAUUCGGAUAGUGGUCCCGCUAAUGCAACAAGCAAUACAUUACCAUCGAGUGUUUCGGCUAUUGAAAGUUUUGAUAAAGAAUCACCCGAUCUUCCGCCAGAAAACAAUGCAAUUAACUUAUCUGCAAGUAUAGACAUGAAAGAUUCUGGAGAUUUGCCAGAACAAACGGAAUCAACAAAUGAAAAACAGAAAUCCAACUUGUUAAAACCAAUUUCCCAAAUAGAAAAUGUGUAUAGCAACGUCUUACAAAGUGGUGCUCCCUGUGCUAAACAUGUAGAUAGUAAUCCCAGUUUACAUGUGUACUCCAAUUUAAUGGACGAACAAAAACAGCACGAAUUAACUCUACAAAUGAAUAAACAAUAUAAGCAAUUAGCGCAGAAAAGUAUUACAUCAUCCGGUGUAAUGUUAUCGUCAGCGUUAUUAAAUGACGAUUUAGAUUUGGACGACCCAGUUAGUGCAUCAUUUGUUGCACAAGAAAACGUAGACUCCAGUUUUUUAUCUGCUAAUGGUAAAGUGUGUGAUAGCUCUAUGAGUGGUCUAAACCGUCUACGUAUGCUAAAUAAUACGACAAUGAUAAAUACCGCACUUGAUUUAGACAGCUUGGACGGUUCUAGCUUAGGCAACAAUUCUCAAUCGUGCUUAGUUAAAGAAGCUCCUCCAUUAUCCUAAGCUUCAUAUCGUCAACUACGAGAACAAAAUAGAUACUUAUGCAUGUAUACUAAAAACGAAAAGUGUACAAGUUGAUAGUUUAAACUUUGUAUUUUAAUUUACAUAGGUUAAGAUUUAAACAAACCGCAAUGAAGAUUUACGUACGCUUAUAGCAAACGGCAUUACUUGCACAAAAGCUGAGAAAACUACAAAUUAUGAUGUGCAUAUUUUAAAUUAAAUUGAGUAGUUUGACAUGUUUAAUGAAUUCAAGUAGUUUAAAACGAAGUUGUUAGACUUGUAUAAACUAAAGGUACUGCCGCUCUCACCAGUGACUAUGGAUAUAUAAAGCUACCCAUCACCAAACACCAAUCAAAGAAUUCAUUUUUAAUUUCAGUUAUGAUCUUUACUUUUGAAGUCAUCGGUCAUGGGUAAUUUCAUAUCUUGUCUGAAUUCCGAAUUUUAAAAAUUUAGAAUAAAGUGACGGGCUAUUGAAAGAAAAAUUUAGGAAAGAAGUUCGAUCGUUCAGAUUGAAUUUACACAUAACAAUAGCAGUAUCUGUUAUGUUGUUGUUGUAGCGCCAGAAAUCAUUCCUGAAGAAAUUUCGAUGAAUCGUGCCGGAGUGACAGUCCUUGGCGUGAUAAAAAUCCGGAGCCGUUCCGAUUAUUCAGACCCAACUUUCGUGGGAACGAACGGGAACGUGCCUGCUAUGUAUGUAAAUGCUUUUUUAUGCAAUUAUUGUAAAAAUUAGUUUUAACUUUGAAUGCGUAGCCUAGAGGAAGUGAACAGAGAAAGUAUAAAGCAUGCUGUGAAUGAGCGUGCGAGAACAAAGCCAUAAUGAGGUACUUGCGCUUUCUUAAACGCUAUAUUUUUUAAUAGUACUGAUUUGGAUAUUAAUUAAUUCAACCAGUUAGUCAACACAGCAAGAGGUUGGUUAUUUAACAAUGUAAAUAAUCUCAACAGAAAAUACCAAUUUUGUUUUGUUUUAGUGUAAAUUUCAUAAAAAUAGCAAGAAACUCUGCUAGUUCGGCUGUAGCAUAAAAGUACAAUGGCAUAUUUAUUAUUGCCGUUAGUUUAGUGCUAAGUGUUAAUGUUAUUGUCAUAUGUCUCAUUAAGUUGAUUUUGUUGGGCAACCAUGAUUUUACCGUAUUCUUCUGAUGAUAUUUUUAAGCACAAAUUAUGUUUCGGAAAGAAAAUUAUAUACGAGUUAAAGUAAUGGGCAUGCAAAUUAAUCGGCAAUGGUAGUUGCAAUCAUCAAUUCAAUCGUUCAUAGCACUUUAUAAUAACUACGGCUUGAGUUCAUUGAACAAUUUAUGUGAAAUCCUAGAAAAUAAGUAAAUAAUAAUUAGAGGUUAAAUGGCUGUGCCUCAAAAGAUAACCGUAGGUACGAAAUAAGCUAAAUUAACUUAAAUUGUUCGUGGGAGUUCAGGUGCACAAUUUUUAAUUAAAUUUUAGUUUAUUAUAAUUGCUUUUAGAUGUUAAAAUGUAGAAAAUAUACGCGAAUCAAAUCCAGAAAUUGCCAUUAAAAUAUGGAAGGUACGUAAAGGUAUUUAAGAUUUUAUAUUGAACAAUAAAAUGUCAGUUAAGAUUGUAAAUAAAAUAAAAGUAAAGAAAUACAUAUAUACAUGGUAAACCAUAUAAAAGGAAGGAAUAAAUAAAUCAACCUGAUUAGUUAUAAAAGUUACUAUUACUAUUAUUGAGAUGUUAUAAAGUUGUGUUGCCGAGUAAAAGAUUAUUACAUAAACUCGUUACUGUAACUAGGUGAGAAUGUGAAUACUAUAAAUGAAUAAAGCAACGAAAACACUAACAUAAA